AUGACAGGCUUUUCCAAAGUAGCUGUCUAUCGACAAGAUAUGCCACCGAGAGGUGGUUAUUCUCCAAUACCAUGGGCACGAAUACCAUCACGCCGUAUUCCAUUAUGGCCAUUUGUUUCUGCAUGGUUAGCAUCAAAUAUAUUUGGAUAUUUUUAUCAUAUAUCUGAAAAACGUGAAUAUUGGCGAAGUGAAAUGGAAAUGGAUGAAAGUCGUUCAUGUAUAGAACCAGUUUUAUUAGCUGAACAAGAUCGUAUUGUAUUAAGACAAUAUCGAGCUAAUCGUGAUGAAGAAACAAAACUUAUGAGUGAUGUACCUGGUUGGGAAGUUGGUACAUGGUUUGGUGAAAAAGUUUUUAAAUCUCGUACCUUUUUUCCUGAUCGACCACAUGUACUUGAUUAUUAUGCACUUGCACGUCCAUCAACACAACGUUUAGAUGUUAAUGCAAGUCAAUGGCAAGUUUAA